AUGCAGCUGCGGCACCACAAUCUGCACUACCAGCACCAGCACUGCAGUAAUCUGCAUUCCGGGGCGCGGCCGUGUCAUCGUCGCUGUGCUACGUCAGAACGUCGUUCCACGGCAGCACGUCGGUCAGGCUGUACAAGGCCUCUCGGGACAAACGGCGGUCCGGUAAGCAGCACGGGUAGACGGCGACGACGUCGUCCCGCCGCAAUAUCGUGGCCGGCGAGCUCCGAUUGCUGUCCGACCAGCUGUUCACUGUCAUACUCGUGUCCAAUGCCACCACGGCCAUCGGGUACUCGAACUCAUGCCGUCGUACACCAUCAGCAUAGGUCACGAAAAGAGCAGCUCGCAGUACCUGCUGUCCGUGGCGGCCGUGCUCGACCUCGUCGGCCGGGUAUAGGCAGCAGCACUCUGUCCGACUGGAUCCGGCUGCACAAGCGGUACUACUACCUGGGCGGGCUCUUCCUGUCCGGCGUCGCGCUGUUCGUGCUCAAGUUCGCCGACGACUACCCGACCACGUGUUCGGGCUCGGUUCCGGCGGCGUGGUCGGCAUCACGGAUGUCAUUAUAG